UAUGACCAGAGAAGAAGUAACAAUCAAAACAUCCGUGACGUGGCUGAUCGAGUGAUCAAUCUUUGCGGACAAAAGAAGAGUUUUAAUUGAUCAGCCCCUAAGGGAGGCUGUGAGGACAUGGCUGAAGCUGGACCCCCUGGUGAGAUGGAGCGGAGGGUCUCCCCGGUCGGGACGCCUGACCCGCCCCCAGCAAGCACCACAGACGUAGCCCCCACCAGAGAGGGGCGCAGGAGGCCCAGGGAGCACACUCCAUCCCCGGACCCCCAGCUCAGCCCCGGCCCCUCCCCAGAGGUUCAGCCCACCCAGGCCCUCGCCGACUCCAGCGGGGGAUGGGGCUACUGGGGCAGCUGGGGGAAGACCCUGCUCUCUACCGCCACCGCCACCGUCAACACCGUGGGUCAGGGUCUGACUCAGGUGAUGGAGAAGGCCGAGACCUCGCUGGGCCUCCCCAGUCCUGCUGAGCUGUCCUCCCAGGUCCAGAAGGAGGAGAGACAGACUGAGGCCCGAGGCGAGCCGGACGGCGAGAACACAGAAGGACCAUCCGCUGUUGCCAUGGGGAUGCUGUCGUCACUCAGCAGUGUGGUCCAGCGUUCCAGUAAGACGGUCCUCUCCGGCGGUCUGGACGCCCUGGAGUUCCUGGGGAAGAAGACGAUGGACGUGAUCGCCGAGGGCGACCCGGGCUUCAGGAAGACCAAGGGCCUGAUGAUCCGCCCCUCCACGCUGUCCCAGGUUCUGCGGGAGGCCAAGGAGGAGGAGCAGGGUCCUGGGGGUCCCGGGGUUGCCGGGGGUCCCGGGGGUCCCGGGGGUGCUGGGGGUCCCGGUCCAGAGGGCAGGAGGACGGCCCACUAUGGCCGGCUGUUUGACGAGUUCCACGGCCUGGCCCACCUGGAGGCGCUGGAGGCCCUGUCCAGAGAGAGCCAGGCCAAGGUGGGCUCGGUGCUAGCCACAGUAUCAGGGGAGCAGCUGGUGGACCUCAGAGAGCAGCUGGACCGGAUCAAAGAUGCCUUCACCCUGGAGGAGUUAGACGAUGACGAGCUGGACGACAAACAAGAUCUAGAGUUUGAGAAGGAGCUAGCAGAGGCCUUAGCCCGGCUGGAGAUCUCAUCGGCUGAGCGUCUCGGAGCGGCCUGCAGGAGGGCCGGCCAACAGCUUGCGGAGAUGAGCACAACAGAGGAGGAGGUAAAGCAGGAGGAGACGAAGCAGGAGCAGGAGCAGGAGGGGGAGCAGGAGGAGCAGGAGGAGAAGAGGGAAGAGGAUGUGUCUAAAAGAUUUUCAGUCGAGGAGGUGCACACAGCCGCUAUCAGGAGCCUAGCUGAGGUGACCGCCCACUCCAUCCAGCAGCUCCUCAGAGCGGGAGAGAAGACACUCCUCUGCCUCCCUGACCAGGAGGGGCAGCGCAGCAGCCUGGAGCAGAGCAGCAGCCUGGCUCAAGUGACACUUGUUUUGUGUAAAGAAAUCUCUCUGCUGGCCAAGAAGUUCACUUCCUGUCUGACUUCCACAGGGGCCAAUGAGAAGGGGGAGGUUCUGAAUCCUCUGAUAACAGGUGUCUUCCUGGAGGCGUCCAACAGCGCCUCCUACCUGCAGGACGCCUUCCAGCUGCUGCUGCCCGUGCUCCAGAUCUCACACAUCCAGAGAACAUCUGGGGCCGGACAGCCAUGACCAACCUCUUCUCCUCUCCUCUCCCCCCCUUAUCCCUACUCCUCCUCUCCUCCUCUCCUCCUCAUCUGCCUCCUCAUCACUCCUCCUCUCCUCUCCUCUCCUAAUCUCCCCUCUCCUCCUCAUCUCCUCCUCAUCUCUCCUCUCCUACUCAUACCUCCUCCUCAUCUCUGCUCUCCUCUCCUUCUCUCUCCUCCUCUCCUCUCUCCUCCCCCUCCCCCUCCUUGUUUCUUCGCGUCUCUUCUCUUCCUCUCCUUUCUGCUUCUCUUCAUCCCUCACUUUUCUUUCACUCUGUCCUUCCUAAUCUGCUGCCUCCUCUCCUCUCCUCUCCUCUCCUCUCCUCUCCUCUCCUCUGCUGCCUCCUCUCCUCU